AUGGUGGAAAAGGCGCUCGCGGUGAGACUCGAGGUGUUUUGCGAUGAGCAAGGGUACGACCCGAACACGGAUGUGGAUGAGUGAGUCAGGCAUGCGUCAAGUCCCUCCCACACUUCCCCCAUCAUUUCCUCCAUCUGUUCGCGCGACAGGGAAUUUUUUUUUUGCAUCACUGAAAUGUCUGCGCUGACGUCGUGUUGCUCGUCGCCAGCCGAGAGCGCAUCUCUGCCCAUUUCAUCCUGCACAAGAAAUCCACGCCGGAACAUGCAGAAGGCACCAUCCGCAUCACUCCCUAUCCCAUUCCUCCUUCGCCCGAAGAAAAGGGAGACAAGUUCCCAGCAGGCUUCAAGAGUCCAAAAGAUGAUCAGUUGAGCGAGUCGUUCAGAAAGACGGCUAGGGGCGGGGAUCCCAAAGCGGGGGCAAAGAUCUCAAGAGUGGCCAUCGCCAAGGAGGCGAGGGGACUAGGACUGUGCGUCUGAACCGUAGCCGGCCAGUCCUUCUUGCCUAGAGAGAGCAUUUACAAACUCAAGUCUUGGCUCUCUUUUCCCCUUCUGCUCACAGCGGCUCGACCAUGAUGCAAGCCGUCGAGGACUGGCUGCUGCAAGUUUUGCAAGGCGAUUCAAACGAGCCAGCAUUGCCCAGCGUUGAGCUCGUCCUGAGCGCACAGGUAAUCGCCAAAGGCUUCUACGACAAGUGAGUUUAGCGAUGAAUUGCUCGUGGACAUGUGUCUCGCGCACAAGAGCUGACUUGCAAGUCCGACGUUUCCUCUCUCAUCACGCGCUUCAAGGCUCGGGUUCAAAUCUGACAAUGUCGUCUAUGACGAAGAGGGCGAGCCGCACCAGGUGAGGAAAAUGGGGACGCUACACCUCCAUACCUGACUCGCAGGUGCUCACCACCACUGCUUAAUCUGCUUGCAGUGGUACACUAAGCAGGUCAGUCUCAGGUGA